AAACCCCUUACGUGCGUCAUUUCCGACUGCUGUAGAAUUCUCAUAACAUCCACCGUUUGGGAGCUAACGCGACAGCUAUUGUCAGGACAUUUACUGGGACGGAGAAAAGACGGACAUGUCGGACACGGAGACAAAACCAUCCAGUCAAGAUGGGGGCGACAAGAAGGAUGGAGAGUAUAUAAAACUAAAAGUGAUUGGUCAGGACAGCAGUGAAAUCCACUUCAAGGUGAAAAUGACCACACAUCUAAAGAAGCUGAAAGAGUCCUACAGCCAGAGACAGGGCGUCCCGGCGAGCACGUUACGGUUUCUGUUUGAGGGACAGAGAAUCGCAGACAACCAAACUCCAAAAGAGCUGGGGAUGGAGGACGAAGACGUCAUCGAGGUGUAUCAAGAACAGACCGGUGGAUUUUGGAACGAUUAAACCUCCUAUUUUUCUCAAUCUUUUUUUCAUUUUUGUUUUCUUAUUUUCUAUUUUAUUUUUGUAUGUAUGUAAUUUUUGUUCGGUUUCAAACCAUCUGGAUCAAAACGGACUCCAAUCGGAUCUUCCAUGUGUCGGGGAGAGGACGAGGUGCUUCUCCAGGAGCCACAGGAUUCGCUGUUUUAUUCACACCGAGAAGCUUCUGAGGCUUUUAAUCCAAACUGUUUAUUUUAUAUAAAGGAAAAAAUAUUAAACUGCUCUAAAGCCGUGGGUCCCCCUCAAGUUAAACUUUUAGUUUUUUCUAGGCUUCCUUGAGGUUUAAAGUGACUCAACAUGUGUGUUAGAAAUAUAAAAACGAAAUACGUUUCCUAAAAACGUCCAUGUUUUGAUGGAUUUUAUAAGUUUUCCUGGUUAGAUUUUAUUUUAGUGAAAGCUGCCGACUCGUUUUAGGUGAUCCUCAACAAAAAUGACUCGUAGGACUCGAAACCAAGGAUUUAGUUAUUGAGAUGAGACGGAAAACCGAAGCAUCUCCGCUGCAUUCGUUCUAGAAUCUGCUUCUCUCCUCCGCGGAGCUGAUUUAACUGCCUCUGCUGGUUGGGGUUCUCUAGAUGGGAAAUGGUUUUUAUUUUGACCUGACGAGAUCUUGUUUGCUCCAACAUGGAGCUGCUGAUGUCGACGGGUCAUUAAACGAACCGACACCAAUCGAAGAAUCCUCCCAGCUCUGAUUGCUUACUUUCAGUCAGGCUCGAGUCGCCGUACGUUAAAACGCAGGCGUUCUAGUUUGUUAAAGAUGAAGGAGCUGAUUGCUCCGCGUGUUUUUAAUUCCUUUUAGCUGGGAGGUCUCACUCUGACCGAGUAUUUGCAGGAUUCCUGGUUUUUACGCCGCCCAGUGAAAAGUACGGGGUCAAUCAUUCGAUCUAAAACUAAAACUCAAUCUAAAGACAUCAUGUUUGAUAUCUGAAUCGUCCUCGUCUCGUACACGUUGUGUUCAGUAUUGUAUAAUGUCUCUAAUUUAUAGCUGAGGCUUCCUUUCUGUAAUCAAGUCAGAAUAUAUAUUUAUGCUCGUGUUAAAAUCCAAUCAUUUUGAACCUUAAGUUUCCCAAACUGAAUAUUCAGCUGCACUUCUUACCUUCUGUUAGAAUAAAAUGUAUCAUCUGUGUGUGAAGUUCCUUGUGAGGGUGAAGAGGCGGAGAUGUUUGCAUGAUUAACCUCUGAUGGUUCAUGUUAAGCAAGGCUGGUGGAAGUCCUCUCUACUGCCACACAUGAGGUUUCUUCCACAAGAAAAUGGCUUCAGAGGUUCAAACAUCCCAACCUCUCCUCACCUGGACAGUUGGAAAAAAAGGUUUAGGUGUGCCGGUCUCCACCCAAACCCCUCCUCCACGCUGAGCAGGUUGAUCGGAUCAGAGCCUCUUGGUUUAAUGGGGUGGAGGGGGUGUUCAUCAUCAGGGGAACAUUGAUGCAGAUGGUUUGAAAUUCUGGAAAUGAGCUGUUUUUCUUUUUUUCAAUAAAAUAUUUAAGAAAAAAAUA